AAAUAAGAACACGUCCUUACUUCAAUAUACAAUUUUGUCUUCACGCGUAGCUAAGUGAAGAAAAAAGUUAUGGUUUAAGCAUUCUGUUAUAACAUUUUUUGAUAUCGGUAUUGCGAUAAAUUGUGCUUCAUAAAAACAAGUAUUGACUCAUUAAUUAAAUUUAGUGCAAACUAUUUAACAAAGCAAAACUAUUUUUAAUAAUAUACCGAAGAUCUUAAUCAUGGGUUUGGCUUUGUCUAGCGUUUUAGCAAGACUUUUCGGCAAACAAGAAAUGCGCAUUCUAAUGGUUGGUUUGGAUGCUGCUGGAAAGACGACAAUCUUGUACAAAUUGAAGCUUGGUGAGAUUGUUACGACGAUUCCAACCAUCGGAUUUAAUGUCGAAACCGUGGAGUACAAGAAUAUUUGUUUUACGGUUUGGGAUGUAGGUGGGCAGGAUAAGAUUCGUCCGCUAUGGCGGCACUAUUUCCAAAAUACCCAAGGUCUUAUAUUUGUUGUCGAUUCCAACGAUCGUGAUCGUAUUGACGAAGCCAGGAAGGAAUUAGAAAACAUGCUUGAAGAAGACGAGCUUCGAGAUGCAGUUCUCUUAGUUUUUGGUAAUAAACAGGAUUUACCUAAUGCUAUGAGCGCUGCGGAGUUAACUGAAAAAUUGCAUCUAAAUAAAUUACGAAAUAGACGCUGGUAUAUACAAGCCACUUGUGCAACUCAGGGACACGGACUUUACGAAGGUUUAGACUUGUUGUCUGCUGAGCUGGCUAAGAAGUGAUAGAUUUUUAAUAUAGUUUAUUCUUUUUAUUUUCAUUGGUAUAAGAUUUUGGUACAUCUUUCAAAUAUACUUCGGACAUAUAUGUAUGUGAAUAAUACUGCAAUUAAUAUUAUAUAAUGAAAAUA